AUGUUCCAAAUGUGUCUAGCAGUUCUUGUUGUGCAAAUCCGGCUAGUUGACGCAAAUUUUUUGGCAGCCGAGUUAGCAGACUUUAAAUGGGACUCUGGCUGUUUAGUAGUCAAAGAUUGCUGGUUUCCCCAGUUCAGAAUUAAAGGCUUUAACUAUUCAACUAAAGAAACUUUGAGUGGAACCUGGUUUUUGAGAAAUGGUAGCAGUAAGAGUUUUUCAAGUCCGCGUUUCAAAUACUGUGGACCUGCAAGCAUCAAAAGCUUCAGAAUCGCUGCUGAUAUCGUUGAAACUGGUAUAAAUCGUCUCUGUGACAGCUCUACAGUCAUUGGCGAUAAUUUGCCAAUAAUUCUGCUUUUGAAGCAGCAAGUGCUUGGCUUUCCGCCACGUUCGCUGGAGAAAUCCUUCAGCUUGGAUGGAGCAUGUUUCAAAGCAACUAUUGUAAUUCGUAUGUAUCCAAAAGAGUGUCCUUUGUCUGAAACGUUUGUAGAAGGAUCUUUGAGUACACCCCGAGUAAAAUCUUCUUCAGUAUCUUUUGUAAAUCCUAGAUUUUUUGCAAAUUUCUAUGGUCAUUUGACUGUCUCAUCACUUAAAAUUAUUGAAUUCCAGUCAUUCAACGAACUUGGAAGAAAUAAAUGGUCAAGCACUAACGAACGAACAACACUGCUCAUUUGCGCUGUACUUCUAGGUACAUUGGCGCUAAUGACUAGUAUCGGAUUCCUUUGCUUACUUUGCGCAUUCAUCAGGAUAAGAAAAACACGUCGAACAGAUGUCGACAUCUGUAACUCACUUUCAAGCCUUCGUUCAUUUACCUUGUUACCAGUUGUGCAUAACAGAAGCUCAAGAACUGCAAGAAUGAAGUCUGUUGAACAGUGGUGUAGCGAGAGUGGUAUUUCAACGAUGUCAUCACCAGUCAGCGAAAUUUUUGAAAUUGUAAACAGAAGCAAAAUUCUUUUGCAUUUUAAUUCCUGUUACAAGAAUCGAACUUACGAAAACAUUUGUCCAGAAAAUCCGUCUUUGACCACUAGAGCAAAGAAGCAUUCACGCAAAGAAAAGUGCCGGCCAUUCGCUCGAAAUGAUGAUUCAAGUGUUCACUGGAGUAGUGAAGAUGACUCGGUAAUAUCAACAUCUACGCCACGCAAUAAUUCUUUUAAUUCAACGGUUACUCAGUUGUCGUUUGACCUUCUAAAAGCCAUCAGCAAAGAUGCUUCUCAGCUUGAAGAACAACAAGCAAAAAUUUCUAUGGAAAGCCCCAAAUUCAAAAAUACCAAUGUUGAGUAA